AUGAUUAAACUUUUAGGCAGAUUUGCAUUCAAUACAAUAAAACAACCCUCAGUAGCUGUGUUCAAUACCAAGAAAUAUGACAUAGACUACCUAACAAAAGUCAAUACAAGUCUCCCAGAAGAAAAACAAGUCAAAUUAUCAUUUUUUGCAGAACAAUUAAAUGAGAAUAGUGCUAGACUCGCACAUGAAUGCGACACUGUUUGUUGUUUUGUAAAUGACAAAGUCUCAGCCCAAGUCUUAAGAAAGCUAUCCUCACAAGGAGUGAAUCUGGUGGCUCUAAGAUGCGCCGGAUUCAAUAAUGUCGACCUAAAGGAAGCAGACAAACUCGGAAUCAAUGUUGUGAGAGUCCCAGCUUAUUCUCCAGAGGCAGUUGCAGAAUUUUCUAUGGCUCUCCUUUUGUCUCUCAAUAGGAAGAUUCAUAAAGCCUACAACAGAACAAGGGAUCAUAACUUUGCUUUGGACGGACUCGUUGGAUCGAAUUUACAUGGAAAAACCAUCGGGUUGAUAGGUCUGGGAAAAAUAGGAAUUUGCUUUACCAAAAUUUGCAAAGGAUUCGGGAUGAAUGUCGUUGCUUACGAUCCCCACAGAGAUCCAAAACUGGCUGAAACUUUGGGAUUUACUUAUGUUGAUGAAAGCGAUAUCUUUUACUAAAGUGAUUACAUCUCCUUACAUUGUCCAUUGACACCUUAAACCAGACACAUUAUCAAUGAUCAUUCAAUAACAAAGAUGAAGGAAAAUGUAAUGAUUAUAAACACUGGAAGAGGAGCUCUAAUUGAAACCAAAGCAGUUGUUAACGCAUUGAAAAAGAAAAAAAUCGGAGGCUUAGCAAUAGAUGUUUACGAAUAAGAAGAAAAAUUGUUCUUUAAAGAUGUAAGUCAGGAAGUAUUGACUGAUGAUGUCUUAGCCAGAUUGCUCUCAUUCCCCAAUGUCAUCAUCACAGGACAUCAAGCCUUCUUCACUCACGAAGCUCUGAUGAACAUCAGCCAAACAACCCUAAAUAACAUCUACGAAUUCAAGGUCAAAGGAUCCUGUGUAAAUUAAGUCCACCCAUCAUGAGAUAAUACAUAAAUAUUAAAUUAAACGAUAUUCCAAA